CUCUUUGCUAGUAUAGAUCAUCAACAGCCAAACAGCCCCAGGUUUAAGUUUAACUUCAUUGCGGAUGUGGUGGAGAAGAUUGCCCCUGCUGUUGUGCACAUAGAACUCUUUCUCAGGCACCCCCUCUUUGGCCGCAACGUCCCCCUCUCCAGCGGCUCGGGCUUCAUCAUGUCCGACACGGGGCUGAUUGUCACCAACGCCCACGUGGUGUCCAGCAGCAGCACAGCCACCGGGCGGCAGCAGCUGAAAGUCCAGCUUCAGAACGGGGACACCUACGAGGCCAGCAUCCGGGACAUUGACAAGAAGUCAGACAUCGCCACCAUCAAGAUCAAGCCCCGGAAAAAACUGCCAGUCCUCCUCUUGGGCCAGUCAGGUGACCUGAGGCCAGGGGAGUUCGUGGUGGCCAUGGGAAGCCCCUUUGCCCUGCAAAACACCGUGACCACCGGCAUCGUCAGCACCGCCCAGAGGGACGGGAAGGAGCUGGGCCUGCGGGAUUCGGACAUGGACUACGUCCAGACAGACGCCAUCAUCAACUAUGGGAAUUCAGGAGGACCUCUAGUCAACUUGGAUGGGGAAGUGAUUGGCAUCAAUACUUUAAAGGUGACUGCAGGAAUUUCAUUCGCGAUUCCAUCUGAUCGCAUCUCCCGAUUCCUCUCCGAGAAUAACAGCAAACAAAAUGGGAAGAAAAGGUUUAUUGGCUUACGGAUGCUGACGAUAACACCUGCACUCAUGGAAGAACUGAAGUUUAAUAAUCCAGAUUUUCCUGAUGUCAGUACUGGAAUUUAUGUUCACGAAGUUGUUCCAAAUUCACCAUCUCACAGAGGUGGGAUUAAGGAUGGAGACAUCAUUGUUAAGGUGAAUGGACGUCCAUUGAUGACUUCUGCGGACUUGCAAGAGGCAGUGAUGAAUGAGUCGCCUUUGCUGCUUGAAGUCAGAAGGGGAAACGAUGACUUGCUGUUUAACAUAGAGCCUGAGGUAGUGAUGUAGCCCAAGCUGAGGAAGAUCCUCGUGAUACAGUUAAGACUCAUUUAUUCUGGAACGUCAGAUACCUCCUGUGCACCUCGAGUUGCCUGAUGACUGGGGUGGGGGGGUGGGGGGAUGAUGAUCUAAUUUCCUGAGCCAUCGUUGUGCCAGACAGUCAACAAUGAACAGUCUUUCAGCAGCACAACUUUUUAGCUGGUGUCAUAGCAGAUAUAUUUGGAACAAGACAACGCUUGUAGUUUUGGAAGCAGCUCACAGAGGACUUGUGAAAGGCAAAAUCCCACCCCUGUGGUUUAGAAAUUGUGGAUCUAUUUUUGCUUAAUUAGGAUCAGACACUAAGCAGCAAACUGUUGCUCUUUGUAGUAUGUCCAUGCGUCUCUGCUUUUUCAACUUUUGUGGGGAUUUCAGACUGCUGGCUUUUUGUGGCUUGUGGAUAGUAAGUAGCCUAGGUCAUUUUGGCUCAAAACUGCACUUCUGGAAAUAUCCUUAGAUGCAAAAUGGUUUAUGUCCUCAAUGAGUAAAUGUUACAUAUGAGUUGAUCUGAGAAAUUACAAACAUGAACAGGAAGAUAAGUGAUCAUUAAGAUGGCCACACCUUUUUUUUGUAGACCUGUAAAGUGUGGUCAGGUGUGCAGUGUCCGGGGAGGAGUGUAUGAAGGACUUCCUCCUCUGGGUGAAGGCACUUGGUUCAGGGCAGCAAACAAACCUCAAACUUCAGAUGGUUGCUGUGAUAUGCUGGAUGUUUGUGUGUGUAUGUGAAAGAAAUGGUCUUCAUAUAAAACUUCCCAUUCCGAGACAACAGCUGUAUGAAAUCCCAUUCAGCUUCUCGGAACUAAUGAACCUGCCCUACAACUUCCACUAACCAAAACCAGCUAAUGGGCAGCAGGGCCAGAAAACUCAAAGAACAAAGAUGGCUGAGAAGCAUCAUCAUCUCCUCAGUGGAUAAAAGCCCCUCCUCCCCCCCCCCCCCCCCUGUUCUUCAAACUCUGUUCAGCUGUGCAGGCAAAUGCCAGUGGAGGGUGUGUGUGGGGGGGACAGGCUUCCUUUUCUGGAGAUUUGGGUGGGUACAACUGAUAUUAAGGAUGUGUGGUUGCGUGUGUCACUGGAGAAUGGUGUGUGUGUAAAAUGCAGGGUUUGUCUGUGUAAGUGCUGUGGUGUUUCUUGUAAAGGGAGAGUGAAUGAGGUUUAAAAGUGUGGUGUAUAAACGGCUAGAGAAUAACAUUUUUAGUUCCUCUCUGUCAUCCUUGGAACACAGCUUGAGAGAGGCCCACCAUUGAGUUGGCACCAGGCACAUCCGCAUUUUAACUCCCAGCUUAAUGUUCUGUUCUCCUGUCUUCUUAAGGUCUCUUUGCUGGCCUUCCAGGGAGCCGCUUCAGGCCCAGCUCAGAAGAAAGCAGGGGGGUGGCAUGGCUGUGAGGGGGGGUCGCACUGGGCUUGUGCCAGAAAUCUUGCCCAGGUGGUGGCCAGCAGCAAGCAGUCUUGAUUUAUGGGAUGAAAACUAAAUAUUUCAAAGAUGUUUCUGAAACCAGGAAUGCAAGAGAUCUGAUGCUCUUUCUUUUUUAAACUGUCUCAGCUGUUGCUCUGUUAUGCUGUUUGGUUUUUCUGGCCCCGACUGCAGGCGCUUGUUACAUGGAGGUCAUACAAAAGGGGAAUGAAUGGAGUAAAUGAUUCUUAUAGAAUUAUUGCCUGAUAGAAUCACAAAGCACUGUGCAAAACAAAGCUGAAACUUUGAGAAACUGCACAGACUUUCAAGGGUUGUUUUUUCAUUGUAUUGGAAAAUAUUAUUUUACAAAUUGUAUACAUAUGACGUGUACGGCAAGUUCCUACUGUACAAAGAAUAAACUUUGCACAGAUAACA